GUCAGGGUGGCUCUGGGGUUAGGUCAGGCAGCUCAGCGGGGAGCGGGCACCGCGUGUUUCCUCAGCCGGGACGCCUGGCCGGGGGCGGGGGUCGCUGGCCCCGCGCGGAGUGCCGGUGCGGAGCGCGCAGCAAGGCGGCUGUUACUGCCCGUCUCUCCGGGAUCAGGGGCUUGUUGCGGGCGGACGAGACAGAAGAGCCGCCCCGGCAGUAGCAGCAUCAUCAUCACCUGGCGCUGCGGCGGAGGGAGGGGAGAGGCGAGGAGGGGCGGCGCGUUGCGUGGUCUGGGGCAGCCCGGCUGGUGGUUGGACGUUUAAAGCAGCGGAGCCGCCGCUCGGGUUUCAGAGACAGCCGGGGCUGUCGCUUGUUCGCUGCAGCCUGAGCCGGAGACAUGGAGGGGAAACAGCCGCCGUCCGGCUCCACCCGGCAGCAGCAGGCGACAGUAGCGGCGGGAGGCGCUGAGGAAUCGUCACGUUUGCCGGCUCGCGUUGGGGAUGCGCCGGCCGCAGGCGCUGAGCCCGAAGCGGGGCUGUCUCCGGCGACAGCGGCCGGGGAUGCGCUGUGCAGACCGCUGGGUCCGAGCCAGAGCCGCUUCCAGGUGGACCUGGUGGCAGAGGGCUCUGGCCGGGCGGCGGCGGACGAGCCCCAGAAACCUGGCGGGCAGGGCGGCGCGGCGGCGAAGGGCAGCGAGGAAGCCAAGGGCAGGUUUCGGGUGAACUUUGUGGACCCAUCGGCCGGUGAUGAGAGCCCGGCUGAGCACGGCGGGGACCUGGAGGGCGGCGGUGUCAGCUUCCAGAACGGGGGCGACACGGUGCUGAGUGAGGGCAGCCUCCACUCUGGGGGCGGUGGCGGCGGGCAUCACCACUACUACUAUGAUACCCACACCAACACCUACUACCUGCGCACCUUCGGCCACAACACCAUGGACGCCGUGCCUAGGAUAGACCACUACCGGCACACGGCCGCCGAGCUGGGCGAGAAGCUCAUCCGGCCCAGCCUGGCCGAGCUGCACGAUGAGCUAGACAAGGAACCUUUUGAGGAUGGAUAUGCAAAUGGGGAAGAAGGGACUCCUCCUGGGGAAGCUGAUGCUACUUAUGCUGCAGACAGUAAGGGAAUAGUCAAGUUUGGCUGGAUAAAAGGUGUAUUGGUACGAUGUAUGUUGAAUAUUUGGGGUGUGAUGCUCUUCAUCAGACUGUCAUGGAUUGUAGGACAGGCUGGGAUAGCUCUUUCUGUCUUGGUUAUUGCAAUGGCAACUGUUGUGACAACUAUCACAGGAUUGUCUACUUCAGCAAUAGCUACCAAUGGAUUUGUAAGAGGAGGAGGAGCAUAUUAUUUAAUUUCCAGAAGCCUGGGACCUGAAUUCGGUGGCGCAAUAGGCCUAAUCUUCGCAUUUGCUAAUGCUGUUGCAGUAGCUAUGUAUGUGGUUGGUUUUGCAGAGACAGUUGUAGAACUGCUGCAGGAAAAUGGUGCACUUAUGUUGGAUCAGACGAAUGACAUCAGAAUUAUAGGAGCCAUCACAGUACUUGUAUUGUUAGGUAUCUCUGUAGCAGGAAUGGAAUGGGAAGCAAAAGCACAGAUUGUUCUGCUGGUGAUCCUGCUAUUCGCUAUUGGUGACUUUAUCAUAGGAACAUUUAUUCCACUGGAUAGCAAGAAGGUUAAAGGUUUCUUUGGUUAUAAAGCUGAAAUAUUUACUGAGAAUUUUGGACCAGAUUUCCGAGCAGAUGAAACUUUCUUUUCUGUAUUUGCUAUUUUCUUCCCUGCUGCAACUGGCAUUCUGGCUGGUGCAAAUAUCUCAGGUGAUCUUGCAGAUCCCCAAUCAGCCAUACCUAAAGGAACACUGUGGGCCAUCUUAAUUACCACAUUGGUUUACAUAGGAAUUGCAGUAUCUGUAGGUGCUUGUGUUGUUCGGGAUGCUACGGGUAACCUCAAUAGCACCAUCAUUACCGAACUGACAAAUUGCACUACUGCUGCUUGCAAGUUAAAAUUUGACUUCUCAUCUUGUCAGAAGACAGAGUGUCACUAUGGUCUGCUGAAUAGCUUCCAGGUAAUGAGCAUGGUAUCAGGAUUUGCACCACUGAUUUCUGCUGGCAUCUUUUCAGCCACCCUUUCUUCCGCAUUGGCAUCUUUAGUGAGUGCACCUAAGAUUUUUCAGGCUUUAUGCAAGGACAAUAUCUAUCCAGGUCUUCUAAUGUUUGCUAAAGGCUAUGGGAAGAACAAUGAACCAUUACGAGGAUAUAUUCUAACUUUCUUGAUUGCUCUUGGAUUCAUAUUAAUUGCUGAAUUGAAUGUCAUUGCUCCAAUAAUCUCCAACUUCUUCUUGGCUUCAUAUGCCUUAAUUAAUUUCUCUGUAUUCCAUGCCUCACUUGCAAAAUCUCCAGGUUGGCGUCCUGCUUUUAAGUACUAUAAUAUGUGGGUUUCUCUUAUUGGAGCGUUUCUCUGCUGCAUAGUGAUGUUCAUCAUUAAUUGGUGGGCAGCAUUGCUAACAUGUGUCAUAGUCCUUGGACUCUUUAUUUAUGUCACUUACAAGAAACCAGAUGUGAACUGGGGAUCCUCUACACAAGCCUUGACUUACCUAAGUGCAUUGCAGCAUACUGUUCGUCUUGCAGGCGUGGAAGACCAUGUAAAAAACUUCAGGCCUCAAUGCCUUGUUAUGACAGGUGCUCCAAACUCACGUCCUGCUUUGGUUCAUCUUGUCCAUGCUUUCACAAAAAAUGUGGGUUUGAUGAUCUGUGGUCAUAUACACAUGGGCCCGCGCAGACAAGCCAUGAAAGAAUUGUCAACCGACUUGGCCAAAUAUCAGCGGUGGCUUAUUAAAAACAAAAUGAAGGCCUUUUAUGCACCAGUACAUGCGGAGGAUUUGAGAGAUGGGGGACAGUACUUGAUGCAGGCUGCUGGUCUGGGUCGAAUGAGACCAAACACUCUUGUUGUUGGAUUUAAGAAAGAUUGGAAACAAGCUGACAUGAGGGAUGUGGAAACCUAUAUCAAUUUAUUUCAUGAUGCCUUUGACAUUCAGUAUGGUGUAGUUGUCAUCCGCCUAAAGGAAGGUUUGGAUAUUUCUCACCUUCAGGGACAAGAAGAAUUACUGUCCUCUCAAGAGAAAUCUCCAAGUUCAAAGGAUGCUAUAGUAAAUGUGGACUAUAGCAAAAAGACUGAGACAGAUACAUCCAAGGCUUUUUCUCCACCAUCCAGUGAAAAAACUCCUGGUCUGCAUAAAGAGGAGGAAGAAGAUGGCAAGACUCCAACACAACCACUGUUGAAAAAAGACUCGAAAGGCCCACGUGCUCCUUUAAACUUGGCUGACCAAAGACUUCUUGAUUCUAGUUCUCAGUUUCAGAAGAAACAAGGCAAAAAUACUAUUGAUGUCUGGUGGCUUUUUGAUGAUGGGGGUUUGACAUUGUUGAUUCCUUAUCUUCUGACAACCAAGAAAAAAUGGAAAGACUGUAAGAUCAGAGUGUUUAUUGGUGGAAAAAUAAACAGAAUUGAUCAUGAUAGGAGAGCGAUGGCUACUCUGCUCAGCAAAUUUCGGAUAGACUUCUCAGACAUUAUGGUACUUGGAGAUAUUAAUACAAAGCCAAAGAAGGAAAAUAUUGCAGCUUUUGAAGAAAUGGUUGAGCCAUUCAGACUUCAUGAAGACGAUAAAGAACAAGACAUUGCAGAUAAAAUGAAAGAAGAUGAGCCUUGGAGAAUAACAGAUAAUGAACUUGAGCUUUACAAAACUAAGAGCUACCGCCAGAUUAGGCUAAAUGAAUUGCUGAAAGAACAUUCAAGCACAGCUAAUGUAAUUGUAAUGAGUUUGCCAGUUGCACGAAAAGGUGCAGUAUCUAGUGCACUAUACAUGGCCUGGUUAGAAGCUCUAUCAAAAGACCUGCCACCGAUCCUUCUUGUUCGUGGGAAUCAUCAGAGUGUUCUUACCUUCUAUUCCUAAACAUACUGCGCAACACGCAACUGUGAUUAAAUGGUACUUCAGUGCCUGGAAGAGAGUGACUAAGAUUAACAUCACAAAGGCAAAAAGUGACUCUUCUUUCACUGUUCCACUGACUUGAAAGCACACAAGGAAAGUCACUGUAUUUCUAAAGUUGUGAAAUCUUCAGUUUUAUUCAAAUUCUUCUAUAACUUAAUCUUGCUUAAUGAGGGAGGAUUCCUUGUUAGACUGAAGAACAACAAGCUUUUUCUUUGCUACUUGAAUAGCAGCAAUAAAAGUGUUUUUAUUUUUGAUCAAUGAAAGGAUUAUAGAUUUAUAAAAGCCUUUUAGCCUUGAGGUGCCUUCUGAAGUUAACCAAACUGCAUCCAUACACCCUAUUUUGUAAAUUUAUAUAGAAUGUCAAAAUCUGCCUUCAACUAAGACUUUAGAUCAAACUUCCUUUAGUUUCUAGUCUCUUCCAUCUUACAAUAAAAUUAAUGCUGCUUUUCAGUCUUCCAUCAAGCUAUUAUUUUUAGUACUGUAUGUUUUCUAUUCAGAAUUUUGUAAUAUCUGUUAGAUUUGAAACAAAGGUAGGUCAAGUCAGUUGGAAUAAAAAAAUCAUAAUGUUUUUGUCCAAGACUUAGUUUUACUGAACAUGUACCGUUAAAAGUAAUUGUGCUAGAUAAAUGAUGGGAGGACCCUUUUCUCAGAUUUGACAUUGUGCCCUUCUUUCCGUUCAAAAUUUGAGAUGCAUAUAACUUUGGCUACCUUGGUGAAGGUUAGUGUGUCAGUCUUUACUCUAGCUCUAAUAUGAAACUAUUCCUGUUGUAGGCUGAAGAUAGCUUUUUGGAUUAUUUUAGUUUUUUAAAAAAGAGGACCUGUCUUAAUUCUUGGCCUUCAGAUCUUGGUAUAAUUUAGCUUAUUUGAAGAAAGUGUUAACCUAAGGCUUGAAGGAGCAAAUAUGAGCAAUGUGAUGCCAUCUAAGAGAAUACUGUAAACACUAUGUGGAAUCUCGCUACGCCAUCUAAUAUAAAACGUAAAAACUAAAAUUCUGAAUCUUUCAUCAAAUGGUUAAAUGGACCACUAGUUAUUAGGGGAGAUGUUUUUAGGUCAGUUCAUUCAGUUGUCAGACAUUACAUUUAGUCUUACUAAAUAAAUACUCAGGCUUGAUCUAUAAAUUUAGACUAUCAUACAUGAUACUUUACACAUUUUUCAUGUUUAAUAAAAACUGCCAAUUUGUGUGUCCUUCCAGUGUAUGUUUUGACUACUUUCUAAUUUAGUCUUCUAACACAUAAAUAAAAAACUUCACUUGAGCCUUUAUACUAAGGUGAGUAAUGUGAACUAUUUUUAAAAUUCCUAUAUAUUUUUCAGAAAAGGAUUGCCUAAAAACAUUUCACAACCUCUAGAUAUUAGUAUUGGCCAUGUUACUACUGGGUCACAUUGCUAGUACUUUAAUGAUUUUCAUUGAAGAUGAUCCAUAGAAAAGGUAUAUUUUUAUGCUUAACAUAGCAUUAUAUUAAAUACUCAGUAAUAGUUCCUUUUGAAGGACAAAGCUAUUAGUCAUUGUGAAGUAAGAUACAGCUUGAACUAGUUACAAUUGGAGAUGUGUUCUACGCUUUAUCCACAGUGCAUGCUGUAGUCAGGUCAUUGGUAAGUCACAAAAUAAUCUCCAUUUUUGCUGUUGGUUUCAACCAGUCUGGAUCUGAAUUGGUUACAUUGUUUCAGUUUUUUUAUAAGCAGCAUGUUUUGCUGCCAAAUACAAAGUAAAUUAAUGCUAACGUGGGCCUGGUUAAGACACAAUUUUAUAAUCAAACAAAUUCUAAUAAAAGUGCUGCUUAAUUACAGAAAGAAAAAAGGUAACUAACAGCCUCAUUGUGUCUGUUACAGGUUUUGCAGUGCUUGUUAAGGUGGUAGGGAUGUCUCAUUAUUCAGUGAACAUGGAAUUGUUGCCAUGUUUCGUUCUUUUUUUUGUUUUUAAACAGAUGGACAAUAAGGCAUGAACUUAGUGCUGCUAUCUUGAAAAUGUACACAGGUACACUUAUUUAAAGUUUUGUCCAUUCAGGAAACUAUUGCUUGUUAUCUGUAAUGCAGGAACCAAAUGAAGUGUGUGCAUACAUGCAUAUAUGUGUAUAAAAUUAUAUAAAAUAUAUCUAAAUAUGCAUUUGGGGAUGGGGAGGGAAUUGUAGUCUGUGAAAUAAUGUAGGAUGCUUUUCACAUAUGCACUCUCAAAACUUCACUAACACUAGACACCAGAUCAACAGUUUCAAGAUUUAUUGUAACACUCUAAUAAACUUCAACAGUUACUAGUAAUUGUGAGCAACAGAUGUUAGCUAGUGACAGUCAUUCCAAUUUCUAUUUAGUCUAUAUGAACUUUGAUUUUGAAGCCAAAUUUUUUUUAAGUUCCAAUCAUUGUUAAUGACUUGAAAUAUAAAAUUUCUCAUUGACACAUGGCAAUUGCAUUAUUUCUGUUGAUUAAAUUUCUUUUUAUGGGUUUAGAAAGAGCAACUAUAGCUGAAGAAAUCAAUUAUUUAUUUUUUGUUCAUUUGUUUGACUGUAUUUAGGUUUCUUUACUUUUACAUACAUUCUUUUUAUAUGCUUUUCUGACAUUACAUAUUUAAAAAUGAACGAUGGAAAUAAUUUAAAGAUUUGAGGUUGGUUGGGUAUUUAGUUAUCCACUGGGUCUGAAAAUGUAAUAUUUUGAUAAUACUGUACUGUAACUGUCACACAUGCUUUUCUAAUGUUUUAACAUUGAAUAUUGCAGUUACUACUUUGUACAAGGGGACACUGCAAUAAAAGGAAGUGAAUUCAAUAAAAUUGUCUAACAUAG